GAGCUUGUUUCCGGCCACCUCAGCGGGAAGCGGAGACGUAAGGGGCUGGAUCUUGGGGAACUAAGGUUGAGCAAGAACUGUUGUAGCGGCGGAGGAAGGGGCCAGUGUUGGGUCCCCGUAACCUGUGAAGAUGUUACUGCUCACGAUGAUUGCCCGAGUGGCGGACGGGCUCCCGCUGGCCGCCUCGAUACAGGAGGACGAACAGUCUGUCCGAGAUCUUCAGAAGUACCAGAGUCAGGCUAAGCAGCUCUUUCGAAAGUUGAACGAACAGUCCCCAACCAGAUGCACCUUGGAAGCCGGCACCAUGACUUUUCAUUACAUUAUUGAGCAAGGAGUGUGCUAUUUGGUUUUGUGUGAAGCUACCUUCCCUAAGAAGCUGGCUUUUGCCUACCUAGAAGAUUUGCACUCAGAGUUUGAUGAACAGUAUGGGAAGAAGGUGCCCACUGUGUCCAGACCCUAUUGCUUCAUUGAGUUCGAGACCUACAUUCAGAAAACCAAGAAGCUCUACAUCGACAGCCGUGCUCGGAGAAACCUAGGCUCCAUCAACACUGAAUUACAAGAUGUGCAGAGACUUAUGGUGGCCAAUAUUGAAGAAGUCUUACAACGAGGAGAAGCACUCUCAGCAUUGGAUUCAAAGGCUAACAAUUUGUCCAGUCUGUCCAAGAAAUACCGCCAGGAUGCGAAGUACUUGAACAUGCGGUCCACCUACGCCAAACUUGCAGCAGUAGCUGUGUUUUUCAUCAUGUUAAUAGUGUAUGUGCGAUUCUGGUGGCUGUGAAGUAGUGAAUCCGGGCACUGGCAAGGGAGCGCCUAGAACCCAGCAGGUGUAUGUUUUCAGGAAGCUGAGCUCACGGAGAUGUGUAUUAGAAUCCAAGUGGAACUUAUGCCUCUAAGGACUUUGCAAGAAAAGACAUAUCCUGAAAGUGAAAGAUUACACCUCAUUUAAUAAAGCUUAACCCUAUGUAGAAAGUCUCUUUUGGGGGCAGAGGCUUUCUCUGGGUACUAAGCCAUGUAUGUUAGGGAACAGUAGAUUGUUUCGUUUUCUGUUUUCUUUCCCAGUUGUUUUACAUUUUUAAAACAGCACUGACUGGGGAAUUCUCAUUCUCAAUCGGAGCCAUCAGUGAGAUUUAACUUAACCAACCUGUGCUAGCAACAGUCAGAAAUUCCUUCGGAGAAGGCAGUCCUCUGGGCAGGUUUUUGACUCUAUCUGAUCAACAUUCCUUUUGUUGGUGACCUUUGUAAUUUUCAGUAAUCUGAGUUUUUUGAUGGCCUUUAAAGUAAGACUCCAGUAUGUGAAGGUUAAUUGCUGUGCUGCAAAGACCUUUUCUGUUGGCCCCUGUAGCAAGUUAACCUUUGUUAUUUUUCUUUUAUAUUUUGCUUAUUGCACAAUUGCUUUAGGGUUAAACGAAUUAUAUCAAGAUGCCUUGAAAUUAUAUUAUAGCACUCCUUGAUUAAGAAGCUAAAGUGUUUUCUGUCAUUUAUUCCUUACAAGACUUAAAUUUGUUUGGGACAUUCUUUAUUUUAUUUUUCAGCAUCUGGUUUAUAUUAAGAUGAGUGAGCAUAGCAUACGUAAAGCUGGAGGCCCCUGACUUAGGAAAAGAAAGACUCAGCUCAUAACUACAGCUUUGUCCUGCCCCUUUCUCACUUUCUCCGUCACGGUUUUCUCACUGUCUUUUCUCCUUGCUACGAUUUGUUAACAUUUUUAAAAUUCUUGCCCAGUAGUUUCAUGUCCCAUAAGCAUCCUCUCAGGACAGUCUCAGAUUUCAAAAUGAAGGAUGUUCAGCUAUGUAGUUAAUUAAAUUUAAGGUUUUUGUGGAGUGACUACUCAAACUACUAAAUACUACAUUUAUCUGAAAAAGUGGAGAGCUCCUCACACCUGCUUCAGUUUAUGUAAAUUCUCUGAGAAUGAUCUAGAGCUAUGUAACUCAUUUAUAGUGGUUUCUUUUAACAAAGUACCUAUGAUUUUUCUCUUCCUUGCUCAGGGAUAAUGGGGAUUUCCUUUUACCUUCUGAGAUAGAAUUUUUUAAAUGGGAGAGUAGGCUUUUUCAGUAUUGUCACAAGGAUCUGCAGUAUAACCUGUAACUCCUACAAAUACUGCAAAUAUUUAUUUAAAUUGUACAGGAAAAUGAGCCAACUUCUUAACAUCUUUGGAAAGAACUUUAACCAGUCAGUAAUUUUAUAACUAUGGGGUCACCAAAGCUACUGUCCUGAUUCCUGAUAGAGACAAAAAUUCUAUUUCCUUGUAAUAAGGCAAGGAGAAAUGCUUACUUUAUUCCUGAUAAUUUCCAGAACUAGAAUAAAAUUUUUUUCUUUCCAUUUUGGACCUAAACCUGCUAAUUGGCAUUUUGUGCAUGAAAUAUGAAGUUACUCUUUUUUUAUAGAAAAUAAGUUAAGUCCCUGAAAGUAAUGUUGUCCCUAAGUAAUGAUGUUGGUAAUAAAAGCCUUUGAAAGGCCGGAAAGCUAAAUAGUGGCAGCAAAGCAUUCGGUGCUUCUGUAGGAGUGCAGAGUGGCAGCUCACCGUUGAGAGUUGCAUGCUGUAACCAAGUGGUCAGCAGUGAAAUAAAUGCUUCUAGAAUGUUCCCUUCA